CACCGGCGGUCCGGCCCGUGUGCGGCUCAGGUUGACCUGUUUUUAGCCAUGCAGUGGAAAUCAGGCCCAGCCUUUCAGUACCACUCAGGGGAAACACUGUGUAAAGUUCACGUCCAGUCCAGAGAAUGCAAGAAUACUGCAGGAAACCUCACAGAACGAUAAGAUACUACUGGAAGCCUCAGCAGCUGGACUGAGAGAAACGCACAUAUUUAAAAUCUUACACACACAAACACACACACACACAAAGACACAGAGUGUACAUACGCACACAUACGCACACGCAUGCCUGUAUGCACUCAUUCACACACUCGCUAACUCACAGAGUUAGUGAUGAGCUGGCUGACCUGCUCAUCAAAAGACCGCCUCCACAUCUGUCCUUCCAGAACAUCUGCUGGACGGUGACACACUCUCAGUCCUCUAAAACCCUCUCAUUCACAAUCUGUCCAUUGUUCUUUGAAACGUACCAAUCGAUUCUUCCAUCCAUUUAUGAGACCAUCACAUAUCUUCCAUCCAUUUAUGAGACCCACCCAACCAACUUCAACUACUUAUUCAUCUACUAAUCAUCCUUCCAUUUAUCCAUAAACACAUCCAUUCAUCCAUCCAUCCAUCAACCCAUCUACCAUUCAUCCCUUCAUCCCUCCAUCCAUUUAUCUUGCCAUUCAUUGAUCUGUCUGUCCAUCCAUCCACAUCCAGUUGUCAGCCAUGCUUUCCUUUUCUGGCCACGCCCUCCGCCUGGGGUCGACAGGAUUCGCAGGGGUCAAGCGCACCGCGGCGACGGUUGUCUCGGGCAACAAGGUGUCCAAGCUUGUGCGGGAGAGGUUGAAGAAGGACGUGGAGAAGAUGUGGAUUCAGUUCCCUGGCUUCCGCCCAGGACUGGUAGUUUUGCAGGUGGGCGACAGAGAUGAUUCCAACCUCUACAUUACCAUGAAGCUGAAAGCUGCAGCUGAGAUUGGGAUCAGUGCCAGCCACGUCAGACUGCCAAAGACUGCGACAGAGGAUGAGGUCCUCCGUUGCAUUGUAACGGUCAACGAGAACCCUGAGGUCCACGGCCUCAUCGUCCAGUUGCCCCUGGACUCAGUCAACACCAUGGACCCUGAGAAGGUCAUUAAUGCUGUGGCCCCAGAAAAGGAUGUGGAUGGGCUGACCAGUAUCAACGCAGGAAAGCUUUCCCGAGGCAACCUGGGGGACUGUUUCAUCCCGUGUACUCCUAAAGGCUGUAUGGAGCUCAUUAGACAGACAGGUACGUCAGUGGCGGGGAAGAACGCUGUGGUGAUUGGUCGCAGUAAGGUUGUGGGAGCACCGAUGUACAGCCUGCUUCUGUGGAGCCAUGCCACUGUGACUAGCUGCCACUCCAAAACAACUGACCUGGCUGCCCAGGUGGGCAGGGCAGACAUCCUGGUGGUUGGAGCUGGCAGGGCGGAGAUGGUGAAGGGGGCGUGGGUGAAGCAGGGUGCUGUUGUCAUCGACUGUGGGAUCAAUCACGUCCCAGAUCCGAGCAGAGCCAGUGGGGUGCGAGUUGUGGGGGAUGUGCAUUAUCCGUCUGCCAAGGAGAGGGCUGGGUACAUCACUCAGGUGCCAGGGGGAGUGGGACCCAUGACGGUUGCGAUGCUCAUGGAGAACACUGUCCAAAGUGCAAAGCACUUUCUGAAGACGUACCAACCGAGAAAGUGGAACAUUUCUUACACCAAGCUGAAGCCACAGAAAUCUCAACCCAGCGACACCACACUCGCACACUCCUGCACGCCAAAGACGAUUGGUCAACUGGCCAGGGAGGUGGGCCUCUUCUCAAAGGAGGUGGAGCCCUACGGGACAACCAGAGCCAAAGUCCGUCUAGAGAUCAUCAACCGCUUCAAGGCACAGCCUGAUGGGAAAUACGUGGUGGUGACAGGGAUCACUCCUACGCCACUUGGGGAGGGCAAGGCCACCACCACACUGGGAUUGGCCCAGGCCCUCGGGGCGCACCUUCAUGUCAACAGUUUUGCUUGUGUUUGCCAACCCAGCCAGGGGUCAUACUUUGGGGUCAAAGGUGGCGGUGUUGGAGGUGGUUAUUCUCAAGUCCUCCCCAGGGAAGAGGGGGAGCUGUGUCGAUCCGUGGCCAGCGAGGUGAUGGCUGUGUUGGUCCUUAGUACCAGUCUGGAGGACAUGAGGUGUCGCCUGGCCAGAACGGUUGUGGCCUACAGCCGCGUGGGUAACCCCGUCACCACAGAGGACCUGGGUAUCAGUGGAGUGCUGGCUGCAUUGAUGAGAGAAGCUGUUAUGCCCAAUCUAAUGCAGACCAUGGAGGGGUCACCUGUGUUCGUCCACACCUGCCCAUUGUCAGACAUUGCCCCGGGAAACUCAUCCAUCCUGGCUGACCAGAUCGCCCUGAAGUUGGUGGGGCCAGAGGGGUUUGUGGUCACUGAGGCAGGAGGAGGUGCUGAAACAGGAAUGGAGAGAUUUGUCGACAUCAAGUGUCGCGCUUCAGGCCUAUGUCCUGACGUCAUGGUGAUGGUGGCUUCUGUUCGCGCCCUCAAGAUGCAUGGUGGUGGACCAGCGGUCACGGCAGGUUCAGUGAUGCCAAAGGAGUAUUUAGAGGAGAACCUGACGUUACUGGAGAACGGCUGCAUCCACUUGAAGAGGCAGGUGGAGAACGCCAUGGCCUUCGGUUUGCCUGUGGUGGUGGCCAUCAACACCUUCAGCAGUGAUACAGGUGCGGAGUUGGAGCUGGUCUGUGCCCGGGCUAAACAGGCGGGGGGCGUGGAGGCGGUGCCUUGCUCCCCAUGGGCAGAAGGAGGAGCCGGGGCAGUGGAGCUGGGCCAGGCUGUACGGCGGGCAGCUGACACACCACACAGGAUGAACUUCCUGUAUGACCUAGAGAUCCCCAUUGUGAACAAAAUCCGGACAAUAGCCAGGUCGAUGUACGGAGCCGACAAUGUGGAACUGCUCCCCGAGGCUCAGCGGAAGUCGACACUGUUCUCAAAACAAGGGUUGGCCAACCUGCCCGUCUGCAUGGCCAAGACCCACCACGACGCAGAGAGGAAGGGGGUGCCCACGGGCUUCACUCUGCUCGUCAGGGACGUGAGUGUCCAUGCGGGCGCUGGCUUCCUCUAUGCCUCGGUGGGCUGGAAUAACACACCUCCCCGGUCGCCAAGCUUCUGCUGUUUCUAUGACACCGACCUCAGCACAGAGGUCAAAUAGUUCCCGUCCCCUCUUGGGGCUGUGACAACCUCCAUCUCAGGAGUGAUGAAGACGUCUAUCCCCUUCAAGCCACGACCGUCAACUGUCAACUCCAGAGUAACAAACAACCAGGGAUCAGAACAUGGACAUAUUAACAGGAGACCCACACACAACCCAUACGUGCUACUGAAACUUAUUUACACAGAAUUAUUUGCAAAUGUUGACAAUCUAAUUCAACAAACAACAUUUCAAAUCACAGGUGAUACUUAGAUGAUUGAUAGUUUACAGUUCAACACAUGAUCAAGAUAGGACAUCUUCUGGAUGUUUCCACCCCUUAGCUUGUGAUGAGCUGUGAUACAUUGUCAGAUGAGACCAUUUCUGCAGAGGUUUACAAAGUGUGUCUGUCUUUGACUGAAAUAUUGAACUUCUCAUUUGGAUUCUGGGGUGGAAAUCAAAUACUCUUUUACCUGUCUCUAUCUCAGCCUCCUCCCCUGUACUUUUCUCUCUUCUUCUCUAUGUCUCACUCCCUCUCUACCUCUUUCUCCCUCUCUCUCCCUCUCUCUCCCUUUCUUUCCCCCCAUAACUGUCUCUCUCUCCCUGCUUUCCUGUCUCCCUACCUCUAUCUCUCCCUGUAUCUCUUUUGAAGCAUGUGACAGUUGUCUGGAGAUGGUGUCCGUCCAAAAUGCCACUGUCUCCUCUGUACACUAUGUUGUCAUCUUUUGGCCCUACAGGCCGUGGUCAAUUGUAGUGCACUAUGAAGUGAAGAGGGUACCAUUUGGGACUCGGAUUUAAGCCUGCAUAUCCAGGAAUAGCUCCCGGCCAGAACUGCUGCUGAGAAUUAGCGGGCCUGCCCAUCAGCUACAGUAUUAGCUAGGAAGGAAGCAUGGAGAAGAUAUUCCAUUGGCCUAAGAAACAUGUUGUUGAAUGUGAUUUGAAUAAAACUAUUGAGCAGACGAUUUGUACUUUUAACAAUGUCCAUUUGAUCUUCUAAUACUCUGCAAAUUGCUGAAAAGGUUUAUUCUAAUUUUCUUAUUCCUGCAAGCUUAAUACGUAAAUGUGGUUUUGACACAAAAUUGUUUGUCCCAUGGUUGUGUUUUUUUUUGGCAUCUAAAAUGGUUGCUAUUAUUUGUAUACCCCAUGAAUGUUUUCCAUGAUAGCAAAAAACACUUGUAAAUUGCAUGUGGACAAUUCAUGGACCUGUUUGAUAGUAGAGAUGCAGAAAGGAAGGUGUGGUUUGUGCUGCUCUUCCUGCUAUUCUAAAAACUCCUGAGAUUUACUACCAGCAACAUUUUGAUCAAAUUCCCCAAAAAUAUAUUUACACACACAUUUAUGUUUGUUCUUUUUUUUUUAAACAGCAUAGCAGACACCACCGUUCCCAGAAAAAACACAUGAAAGACCGCAAUAUUAACUAAGGUGUUUCAAAUCUGUUUGUAAAGUAAAUUACCUGUGAAAGGUAGAAAAAAAGGUAGAAUAAUUGCGUCACCACAAGCACCACAGCAGAUACUGAGAUCAGCUACAGAGCCACAACAAACUGGAAGUUGUGAGCUUUGAGUCACGGUGACCAACUGAAAGAAAGCCACAUCCAUAGAACUUCAAUGAAUGAACAGUUCAUAACAAACACACAGAAAACACGCACACUUCCUGUAUAUUCCCUUCAAUUAGGAGGCAUUAGAAGCCUUUCUUUCCCCCAUUCAGCAGCCUGUGAAUCCAAUACCUAUGUUGUCUUGUGUUAGAAAAGCAACUCUCUUUGUGACCUUUUAGAAAGCCUGCCGUUGCCAUGGUGACGCUGUUAAUGAUGCGAUUGCAUGAUAAAUAUAAGGCAGCACUUG